AUGGUCUACAACAUAGGCAAAGAUCUAGGAUUGGUUGUGAACCAUGAGCUAACCAAAACAACUGCUAGGGUCAAGGUCCUACUCGAUGGACUGAAACCUAUAGUCAAAAGAGCCAUAAUAGAGUAUGACUCGGGAGAAGAAAGCAUGGUCUACCUGGAGUACGAAAAACUAGAGAACCAUUGCUCGAUCUGCAACUCCUUCUGUCACCUAAAGAAAGAUUGCCCAGACUUCCUCUCGGCUAACCUGCAUUCAACUCCACAACAGACCGAAGGAGGUCAAAGCCAGGAAGCCAAUUCGCGCAGACAACAAGAGACACUCUAUGGCGACAAAGGGUACCUACACCCUUACCAUAGUCGAAGAGAACUGGCUCUAGAGCAGACAUGGAAAAACAAAGCAGAAUCCACGCAAGAGCACCGUCGGGAAUCCUUCCACGAUAGAGUAGACUGCCAUGGUAACAGCUAUGGAGAUAGAGUGGCUACAAAGCAAACACGCGUUCCCCCACCAGUAAGAGAAGUAGACCCCAAACGAGCAGAAACAACUACUUGGAAGAGCAAACCUCUUGCGAAGAAAACAGAGGAACAAGUCUACAAGUCUCCACCAUACUCCAGAAACAGAGAGGGCCUGAGAAGCAGAGAAGCAUACAACCACCCUAAGGAAGCAGCAGCAAGAAGACAGAGAGUCCUCUCAAGUGAGGCCGAAGGUUUGCUGGAAACAACUGCGACCUCCAUCCUCCAGGCAGCAGAAGAACAAAGAAGACCAUUAUCACCUUGGGAGCUAGGGAUAAGAGAGGAAAGCCCUCCCGGAAUUGAUUUUGAAACCGCUAUGCAACCCUCCGAUAAGGAGGAAACGCCUCAACCUACUCAAAGCAAGACAUCAAAAGCACAAAAGAAGAAGCAGAAGCUCAAAUCAGUGAUUACUACACCAAACAUCCUGAAAGGAAUGAGUACGAGAAAGAGAAACCUAUCUCAGAUGAGAUUCUCACCUGCAGGUGUAAGCAAAUCCCCUGAGAGGAAGAAGCAGAAAGACUCCAGCACAAAUUCCCAAAAAGAAGGACAAGUAGGACCGUCUACAAGGAUAGUGAACCCUUCUAUUAACCUGAUCCCAGCAGCGGCAAAGAGGAAAGCGGAUUUUCGGUUUCCUCCAACCCCGGCUCCUUAG